AUGCUCGCCAGGCGUGCUCGGCCACCACGCUGCGCGACCCAAAAAUACCACUACUCGAUUGAGCAUCCCCCGCGGCCUCCAUGGCUAGACCAGCCGCCGGAGACGAAGCCAAGUCCAAAAAAGUUCUCAACACCAAGAACUUCAGAGCCAUCAGCAUCACGACCACAACCACCACCACAAUCAUCACGACCACCACCAUCACGCCGUUUACGGCCACCACGGACCCAACAACCACAAACCACUCUUUACGAACAAUUAUUCCCCUCUCAACAACCUCCCACAGCCCCAAGACCACCACGGCGACGGCCUCACGCACUCAUUCCCCCAGAACUCAGCAACACCACCACCAACGAAAAUGGACCCCCAACCCUCCCAACCACCGCGUCCAUCAGUCCCUCCCCCGAUCCCUGGACGCAUGAACCACUACCCUGGACGGCACCACCAAACCUCCUCGACCCCCCCAUAACGGAACGCGCCGUCGUGAUCCUGACCUCCGCCUCCCGCUCCCUCAGCGAAUCCGACCUCUACCGCUGGGCCGCCCAAGGCCAGCACAUGGCCGGCUGGGCCGGCGGCAUCUCCCGCACGCUGCAGGCCAUCUCCUUCAACACCCGUGCCCUACGCGGCCAGUACUUUGUGUUUUUCGACACGUGGGAUGCUGCGCGGGGGUAUGCGGCGCGGUUGAGGGAGGUUUAUGAGGCUACGCUGUUGGCAGAGAAGGAGCAUGGUCUUGGUGGUGUAAGGAGGCAGGAAGUUGGACAGGGGGCAAACACAGCGAGACAUCCGCCGCUGGAACUGCGCGCUCCGCCGAGGGUGCUGUCAACAUCGCGGCUGUGGACGCUGGUAGAGGAGGUGUUUGAGUUGGAGAACCCAGAUCCGAGGUUCUCACUCCGACGGCGGUUUCCUCAUCACGACAGCGACGCAGCAGCGAACCCCGUCUCCCUGGCCGCCUUCAAGCGGAUGCACCCACGUCGGGUGUACAGCCUCCAUGGCGAGCCCAGCGCGGUGCCGGUGUAUCUGGUCAACUCCAUCUUUUAUGCCUGUCGCGUGCUCAGCAAGAAGCUGCCGGGUCUGCGGGCACCUCUCCAACGCCAGGACAACAACACCAACAACAACACCAACAACAACACCAACAACAACGCCCUCAACCUCACUGCCCUUCCAACUCCACUUAACCCUUUCAUCCAUAACCCUAACCGUCCCACUCCCCACAUUUCUACGACUACGACUACGGCUACGGCUACGGCUACGACUACUACAAACCCCCCCACCAACACCAGCACCGCCCGCGUCGGCCUUCGCCUAAUAGGCAGCAAAAUGACCCUCGCCGGGAUGAACGCCGCGCUGGCCGCCGACGGCGUCGCCCGCAACCUGCCCUGGAGGUUGGCCAGUACCAAGCGGGUUGUACAUGUAGGUAGGUCGGGGUCAGACCACCAUCAGGGAUCGGUCGUGGAUGUGAACGGGAAUGUGAACAGUCAUCAUCAUCAUCAUCAUCAUCAUCAUCAGGAGGGUGGUCAUGAUUUGGGGGAUGAGGACAGCAAUAAUAAUGGUGGGGAUGUUGAUGGGAGUGAUGGGGAUGUUGAUGGAGAGAUGCGGUAUUCGGCUGUGUAUCCGCUACAGGCGGGGAGUGGGUGGGUUAGGUUUGGGAAGGGGGAGGGAGAAGGGAAGGAGGAGGGAGAAGGGAAGGAGGAUUGGAAUGAGAAGGAGGUGGUGGAUGAGAUGGAAAGGCCUAUCCGCCGCCGGGAAGUGGGAUACACGCAGUUUGUGGUCACGCUGGCGGAUGUCGCGGAGGGCCGGCGGUUCGCGCGGGCGUGGCACCGGCGGGAGCUGGGGGACGCGAGGACGGGGAGGAUGAUGACUGUUGAUGCGGCUAUGCUGUGGUAG